AUGGCGUCCAAACGCAUCUGGACCGCCGUGUCGAUUGAUUCGCUGGCACCUCGCUGUCGUCUUCCCACACAACGUUCAUUCGCUCUCUCCGCGUCCCGAAACUCGUCGUCGACUUCGGCCAUCGCAUACAAGGCUCUGCACCGUCGCACAUCGCCCCUUCCCCAGGCCCCGACCGCUGCCUCCGUUUCGCCCGCCGCUGCCGUCUCUAGCAUCCUCUACGAGACCCCGCUUCCCUCUCAAGCCCCUCCCAAGCGCCAUGUCCUCAACUGUCUGGUCCAGAACGAGCCUGGUGUGCUUUCGCGCGUCUCUGGUAUCCUGGCCGCCCGCGGCUUCAACAUUGACUCGCUGGUAGUCUGUAACACCGAGGUUGCUGACCUGUCUCGCAUGACCAUUGUGCUGCAAGGCCAGGACGGCGUCAUCGAGCAGGCCCGUCGUCAGCUCGAGGACUUGGUGCCUGUCUGGGCUGUCCUUGACUACACGGCUGCUCCUCUUGUUCAGCGUGAACUCCUCCUGGCCAAGGUCAGCAUCCUCGGUCCCGAGUACUUCGAAGAGCUCCUGGCCCACCACAGGGAGAUGACGGAUGCUGAGGCUCAGGCCCAGGCUGCUGGCCUCACUCCUGAAGAGCUCGAAGCCAAUGCCCGCGCACACGAAGAAGCUCUGAGACGUGAUUUCCACCCCAGUCGCCUUGCUGCCAGUGAAGCUCUGAGACACAAGCACAAGCAUCUCGAGACCAUCACUUAUCUCACUCACCAAUUCGGCGGCAAGGUCCUCGAUAUCUCAACGAACAACUGCAUCGUAGAAGUUUCAGCCAAGCCCCAUAGAAUCGACUCUUUCAUGAACCUUAUUGCGCCUUUCGGUAUUCUCGAGAGUGCCAGAACUGGACUCAUGGCCUUGCCCAGAUCGCCUCUUCACGGUCCCAGCGAAGAUAUGGAGAAGGAAGCUGAGGACGUCGUCGACGCCAGCACUCUGCCUCCUGGUUAA